GCUCUUCCCUCCGCUCAAGCCCAGACCCGUCCGUGCCCCGGCGCAGCAGAGCCGGCAGCGGCGGCGGGCCCAGGUAAGGGAUUCUCACACCCCGCCGGGACCCCCGGGAACCCCGCCCUGCCUCUGGCCGCCCACUGCGACGUGGAGCGGGUUGGGGAAACUGAGGCACGGCGAGGUGACGGCGCUGGAAGAGCGGGGAUCCGCCUCUAGCCCAGACGGAAAAGAAAGGAAGACUGGGAGAAGUGCUCAGAGAAACCAGUUGGGGGGGGGGGGGGGCGGCCACUCCCGCCGCACCCUGACCACCUUUGAACCCCUCGAGUUCGUCACCUUCCCCCCGCCCCGUGCUGUCCGCACCCUUUAUUUAUGGUAGGACCUACAAGAAAGCAAAGCAAACACGGCCUCGUCUCCCCGCCGUCGCUAUCGAAACACGACUGGGGUGACAUGAGGGGUUUUGGAGGCGCAGGGUGCGGAGCACCUAGUGGGGCAGCCCAGCUGGGCCGUGGGGAAGAGCUGUGUCCCGCUGUUACCCGCAGGGUCCCGGAGCGCCAUGGGGGAGGCAAGUGACACGGACAGCGGGAUCAUGCUGCACUCGGGCCCCAACAGCCCGGUGUCCCCUCUGAAGGAGCGGGUACAGGCAGGGCGGCGGCAGCAGCAGGCGCUGGAGGCCCGGCUUGACAGUUGCAUCCAGGAGCUGCGGCAGCUGUGCCUGCGUGAGGCGGAGCUGACAGGGACCCUGCCUUGCGAGUAUCCCCUGAAAGCCGGUGAGAAGAUCCCCAAGGUCCGUCGCAGGAUUGGGGCUGCCUUCAAGCUGGAUGAGAUCAUCGUUCUGCGUGGGAUGGACCCUCUGGAACGGGAGCGGGCUCUGCAGCUGCAGAUUGCUGAGGCCUCCCGCCGGCUCUGCCAUGAGGAGAACAUCGACCGGCGGGUGCGCAAAAGGCGGCAGACAGCAGCGCUCCGGGAGGAGCAGAAGCUGCGUGACUUGGAGCAGGUCCUGAGCCAGCGGCGGCUCCUGGCUGGGCAGAGGGACACUGGCACUGCUGAGGGUGGCGUGGGAGAGAGGAGCGGAGGCCCGCGGGGACGCGCUGGGUGGUGGCGGGGCCGUGGGAGCGCUUUGGCACCCGGAGGCGGCCCUGGCUCCUUUCUCACAGGGCCCUGCCCCACAGAACUCAGUGCCUCUGACGAGAGUUCCCUGUCCGACACCGGCCUGCUGGAGGAUGAGGACACACAGCCGCCAGGACCUGCCAUCCCACAGAGCUCCCCAUCUCCCAAGAACCCCACCAAGGAGGAGGAUGAAGGGUUGGGGACUCUGAUGGUCCCACCCCACUCCUGGCGGGAGACCAGCCUGGACAGACCCUACGAGAGAGCCAAAAAUCCUGGCAUUGACCCUGAGGAUGGGGAAACCCAGAGCUCCCAAUGCUAUCUUGGGUCCCUUAGGGCUGCCCCCACCAGCCCCAUGGCCCCCAGUAGCCCUGAUCCCACAGGUUCCCUGGUGUCCAGGAUGAGAGACCCUUCCUACCAGUUUGUCCCCAUCCAGACCCUGGUGCUGUGCCGGCAGGCAGGUUCCAGUGCUCCCAGCACCCCUGAGCCAUCAGGACGCCGGGGACAGACCCAGUCUCUGAGGGUGGACCCAUGCUGGCAGCCGGCCGAGCCACGAGGCCGCAGCACUGCACCCCGCCGGCGCCCCACCUACUACACGGUCACUGUGCCCAUGUCCUGCCUGCCAGCCCCCGGCCCUGCGUGCUGCUCUGGCUCAGAUGACAGCAACUCUGACCUCUCCAGCAUCUCCCAUGCCACCUCCCCAGGCAGCAGCAGCCCCGACGUGUCCUUUGCAGUCCCGCUGCCCCUUGCCGAGCCCGGUUACUACCCGCGGGGUGCUCUCCAGUUCCUGCCACCCGCUGGCCCCGCAACGUUCCUGUAUGAGCAGGAUCUGGCCCCGCUGCGCUACCAGCGCCUGGUGCCCUCACGCAGCCGCAUCGUGCGCACGCCCUCGCUCAAGGACUACGCACCUGCUGGGGCCCGGGGGCUCUCCAAGGCCGCCGUCACCGAGGAGCUCAAGUCAUGGCACCAACGUGCCCGCCUCAGAGGUGCCCGGCCCCACUCCCUUGACCGGCAGGGAGCUUUCCGGAGACCCCAUGGUGGGACCACUAGGGACAUGCCUGUUGCUCGUGGAGUCCUGUCACUGGUUCAGGGCCCCCCGGUGCAGGUGCUGCGGCGCUCGGCAGCCGGUGUGCCCAUGCAGGUUUACGUGCCCGAGAGCAGCGAGAUCGUCACACAAGUGUGAGUGCCCACACCCCCACCCCGGGGCGGGGGGCACAUCCUGGCUGGCCCAGGGAUGGCAGGGAUGUCUUGUGCCUCCCCACCCUGGUGUGGGGGCAUAGGCAAGAGCCACAGCAGAGCAGCAGGGGCUGGUCCCCACCUUGUGUUCCCUUACUGACACUGGGAUGCUGAUGGUGUCACUGUGACCCCAGUACUUACAGUGACCUUGAUGUCACCACCAUCCUCAAUUUGGGGCUCCAGUCUCUAAUAAAGGUGUUUUUUUGGGAUAUGUCA